CACAGGGGCUUCCGGGGAACUCGUGUGUGAAGAGUGGUGCAACUCGUGCGGACGGAGAAGCCGGGAGUGGGGAAGCCGGAAGAUGCGCCAUGACGGUCGUCCUAGCGGCCUUGGCGGAGGCGUUGCACUCGCCCUUGAUGGAGCGAUGCUUCGUGGGAUCUUUGGGCUAUAGUGGCUUGGCAAAUGCUGCCGCUUGGCUGAGAGUGCCUGGAUGAAGGAGGUGCUUCAGCCCAUGUGUUGGGAGCAGCGAGAUGCCAACUUCGAGAGCUGUUGUUAUUUUCACUACGGGCCCAAGAUUCGUGGGCUACCCUAUCAGCUGGAGGAGGCAGAGGAGGCCGAGUUUGAGCUGCCGAAGGUCGGACGGAUGAGACUGAGGCAACACCCGCAGCUGAACUUGGAGUUCUGGCCGGCGGGGUGGAUCUUUGCGCGCUUGGUCUCCGGGAUCCCCGAGGCUCAACGGUUGGCAGAUGCCUUUGGCUGGUCAGAAGCUGCGGAAGCCUUGAGCCGCUUGCCCCACCGCCGUCCACUGCGGAUGCUGGACGUCUCUUGUGGCUUCGGGCUGAGCACCAUCGCUGCGGCGGCCAAGGGCCACAACGUGACUGCGACCGAGGUGUCCUCGAAGCUCUUGAGGAUCGCAGGCCGCAAUGUCCUGUCCAAUGGCCUGCGUGGCGUGCAGUUUCGACAGUGGGACGUGCUGAAGGUGCCACAUUGGCGGUCCGCGCAGAGAUUUGAUCUUUGUUUGCUGGACCUCACUCACUUCAACAUCUUCUAUCGUCAGAAGUCACUGGGUGAAGACGUCUCUGGUUUGUCGCCGCCUAUCGGGCAGGUAUUGCCCAUCGUGGUGCGACACGUUCGACAGCUGGGCGGCUGCACACUGAUGGCCUUUGCUGUCGUGGAGUCCAAUGGAAGGAGAGUCAUUGAUGAGCGCCUGCCGGAAGAGAUGGGUUAUUCCAACUUCACGGCGGCAUUACUUGCAGCCUUGGAGCGAUUGCCUGAAGAAAGUGGCCACAUUGACCGUCGUCGCCCGAUGGUGAGCCCGCUAGGCUGGUUGGAGAGAGUGGGAUGGACUCCACCCAUCUUCUACCACCUCGUACUCUGGUAAAGCACCCUUCGCAAGCAGCCAGGCCAAACAGCUCUCGGACUUCAAGCUGCUGCUGCCGGGGCUCCUUGACAGCCAAAGCUUUUCGCUGCUUGACUGGAGUGGAGUGGGGGCAUUGCACGGGAUCGGAUUCAGGACGGGUGGGCCUGGUGGGUGUGGCGGUGGUGGACCUGGGGAGUUGGGUUGAGUAUGAGUGAGUGUAUGAGUUGGGGUUCUCCAUGCUUGCAAAGAAACGUUCUUGGAUGUUCAAAAUAUUUUCCACUCUUGUUGAAUUGAAAAUUGCCCAGCUUGAUCGAUAGCUAUAGGUGGCGCCCAAGGCUACUGCGGCUAGUAGCCUCUUCCGCAUUUUUUCAAGCAGUGCACCGAAGAGGCUUGGGAGUUGAAGGUGGAGCUGUCCUUCCGCCUUUGGCAGGGAUGCCAGCGGAAGAGGCUCAUCGACAGCCAGAGCUUUGCGCUGCUUGACCUGCAUGACAAAUACAUGUGGCCUUGCUGGAGGUAAGGGCUUGACCCUGCUGAAAACAGCUUGGGUAGGUGUCUGGGUACGAGUGCUAUGACGCCGGCGUACACAGGCCACCCGAAUCCGGCUCGCUGGAUGGCGUCUUCUCCGAGCGGACAAGGUGCCAGAAGGCCCUGGAAGGGCAAAGACCUCGGGAGGCAAUUGAGUUAGAGAUCGACCCCGAAUAGCACACUCAUUUCCAAAAUACAGGACCAUUGAAAACAAAAACAAGCCAAUUACUUGACUUCGAGUGAUCCCCACCAUGACAUUUCAAAACAACCGCGUUGACAUCACCCUUGUUGUGUAUUUCAGCCCA